AUGGUUGUGACCGCAACGACGGUCAAGAACGACCUCCGCACACCCAUCGAAGUCAACAUUGGGAGCGACUUGUGGCAGACCAUAUACCCCGAGAGGUUCUGUCAGGUCGAGCUCGAGGUUGUGCGGGUGCGCCUGGUAGAAGACCCGGGAGUGAAGGGCAGCUAUCAAGUUGAGGGAGGAGGGUGCCCAGGGUGCCUGCUUCGAGCGUCUUCAGACUUCGAAGCCUUCAGCAGGCAUGCACAGGACAAAGACAGCGCGGAACAGCGUGAAGUCGAGGAAGAGGCCAAGCGCAGAGAAGAGGCGAAGAGGAAAAAAAAAGAGAUGAUUCAGAAUAUGGCCGCAGAGAAGCGGAACCAAGCAACAGGUUGGUUUGCGAGGUGUUUUUCUUUUGUGUGUCUUUGCCUGAUUCCCGCGACCGGCGUGGUCUAUCUGAGUACCUUCCCGCCUAAGAGCAGCGUGAUGGCCGCUUGCUUCGCCGCCAGCACGGUCCCAAUCUGCGGCUCGCUCAGCUGCUGGGUUGCGAUAGUGGGGUCGAACAAGUAUGGCCUUGGUGUGUUGACAUUCGGCAAGCAUGAGGCUCGAUACCGCUGGGCAUCACGGCUGACUGGAGGGCUCGCCAUGGCAGCUGUGGUGUAUAGGAGCGUUCGGAAUGCGCAGCACGGCUUCUGGUGGACGGCGCUCAUCGUUUGUCCAGCGGCCUUCUGCGGCUGCUUUGCCUGGUGCCCUGUAGCGCUGAGGGUUGCUCAUUGGCACCAGAAAACCACGCUGGAAUGGGAGCACACCCAAGCGCAGCGUGAGGUCGGCAAUCGCACCAUCCGCUUCGAAGGCUCGGUCAUCAAGGAACAGGGCCGUCCGUGCGUGGCCAGCUGGCCAGGCAAGUAUGCGGCAGCUUGGGAUGCUUUGGUGUCGCAGAGCCGUGAUGGGGACGUGAGCGCUGCCGUAGUCUUCCUCCCGGAAGGCACGGACGACUACGGAGUCCACGACAACAUCCCCACUGAUGAAGGGCUAUACGGCACUUGCUGGUGCACCCCGCUUUACGGGGAGGAAAAGCCGUGGGGGUGCAGGUGGUUCUCUAACUGGAAGGAGAACAUCGAGACGGCGGUGCAAAGCGAAGCAGUUCUGGAAGUAUACUACUUUGUUGAGCAUGUUGGGAGAGGCAAGGUCGCAAGCUUCAACGCUGCGGGCGACGAAAACCUCAAGAGGGAGACGCUGAACCAGAAACAAAAACGUUUUGAACAGUCUCCCGAAUUCAAGCAGGCACUGGACGCUGGCCUCGGCAACCUCUCCAAGGACCUGCGUGGAGAUUCAUCCUCCCCCUACUCCAGAGAAGUCAGGCGCCUUUUUCUGGCCUCCCUUCCGGAGCCGGAACGUCGGUUUCUGGAGGAUUUCGAAGGCCUUGGCAAUUCUCAAAAAGCCGAGGUUGCUUGGCUGGAGAGGAAGGGCUACGCGUACCAGGAGGUGGACGUCUCCGUCUGGUUGCGAGGAGAAGGUGGCGAGACCUAUGUUCCAGCAUUUGCCGAGCAGAAAGUUUCGCAGAAGCAAGCGCAAGUGACGGCCGACAGUACGUCCCAGCAUGCCCCCGACAUAAUAACACACCUUUGA